AAAUGCCCCUGAGAAUGUGGAGAGAGGCUGCAGGCACCGACCUGGCUUCAGCUUCCUGCUUGGCAAACUCCAAACAGUUUCACUUUUCUUUUCUCCGAAGACUGGCCCCUUAUUGCGUGUAACAAAGCACAGACUUCCUUUUGUGCCUGCUGGCCUUUCCCCGUAAAUCUCCCAGUCUCACAGGAGUGAUCCCUGGCCCAGCCCCGGGAACCUGGCAAAGGGCAGAAACAACAAGCCCAGCGUCCAGGAUGUUCACCAUGACAAGAGCCAUGGAAGAGGCUCUUUUUCAGCACUUCAUGUACCAGAAGCUGAGGAUCGCCUAUGCCAUAGACAAGCCAUUUCCCUUCUUUGAAGGCCUCCGAGACAACUCCUUCAUCACUCAGAGAAUGUACAUGGAAUCUCUGGAAGCCUGCAGAAAUUUGGUCCCCGUAUCCAAAGUGGUGCACAACAUUCUCACCCAGCUGGAGAGGACUUUUAACCUGUCUCUUCUGGUGACAUUGUUCAGUCAGAUUAACCUGCAUGAAUAUCCCAAUCUGGUGACGAUUUACAGAAGCUUCAGACGUGUUGGUGAACAGCAGAGCAGAGCUUCCUAUGAACAGCAGAGCAGAGACACACCAAUCCCACUUGAAGCCCCAGCUGGCCUGGCAGGAGGAAGCUCCCUCCCUACCCUGCUGCCGCUGCCCCAACCACAACCCCCUCAACCAAGCUGUUCAUCCUGUGCGCCAAGAGUCAGUGAGCCUGGAACAUCCUCACAGCAAAGCAAAGAGAUCCUGAGUGAAUCACCCAGCCCAUCUGACCCUACCCUGCCUCUUCCUGGACUCAUCCAGGAAGGAAGGAACACUCCAGUGACUAAUGACAAGUUAACACCCAAAAUGAAUGAGGAAGAAGACUCAAAAGAGAUGCCUAGCCUCCUCACUGGCACUGUGCAAGUGCCCAGUGACAACCUGAUCCCCCAAGUAAAAGAUAAAGAAGGCCUUCAAGAGAUGCCCCACUCCCCCUCGGGCCCUAUGCCAGAGAUAAGAGAUGAUUCUCUGGAACCAAAUGACCCAGAAGAGCCCCAGGAGGUAUCCAGCACGCCUUCGAACAAGAAAGGAAAGAAAAGUAAAAGAUGUAUCUGGUCAACUCCAAAAAAGAGGCAUAAGAAAAAAAGCCUCCCAAGAGGGACAGCCUCACCUGGACGUGGAAUCGAAAAGAAGCUCAAAGUGGUGGAUCGGGUUCCUCCAAAGAAAGAUGACUCAACUUGGAAGUCCACGGUAAUGACAAGGGCCCAGAAGGCGAGAACUCAGCGUGCCCGAAAGUCCAGAUCAGAAGAGAUCACUGAUGGCACUUCAAAAAUGAAAGAAGGAAAGAGGAACCAAGAGACACCUAGCACACCAUCAAGGGUCAAGCAAGGGGCAACCUCACUUGGGCAUGACAUGCAAGAGAAGCUCCAAGUGGUGGAUAAGGAGACUCAAAGGAAAGACGACUCAACUCGGAACUCAAAGGUCAUGAUGAGGGUCCAAAAGGCAAGAAUUAAAUGUACCCAAAAGUCCAGACCGGAAGAAAAACCCAAAAGUGACACUGUGGAUUUUCAGUGGUCUGAGCUCUCUGUGACCUGUGGUGUGGCAAAAGGGAUUUUAUAUAAGGCGAAAAUGAAGCACGGAUCCUCAACGAAGUGCAUUCAGAAUGAGAAGGGAGCUUGGCUCACACCAAAAGAAUUUGAAAUUGAAGGAAAAGGAAGAGACACAAAGGACUGGAAGCGGAGUAUACAUUGCGGAGGAAAGCCCCUAUUAGAGCUGCUGAAAAGGCGGAAAAACUUGGAUGAAUGCAAGGUGUGCUGUAAAGUGGGACAACUACUCUGCUGCAGUACUUGUCCACGAGCCUUCCAUGAGGACUGUCACAUCCCCCCUGUGGAAGCCAAAAGGACCCCCUGGAUGUGCACCUUCUGCAGGAUGAAGAGGUCUUCCAGAAGCCAGCAGGGCCAUCGUGUAUGUAAGAUCCUGGAGAGGCGGAUGCAGCCUCAGGAACAGCUGAAAUGUGAGUUCCUCCUCUUGAAGGCCUACUGUCAUCCACAAAGCUCCUUUUUUGCUGCCAUCCCACUUAAUAUUCGAGAUUAUGGUGAGCCCUUUCAGGAAGCGAUGUGGUUGGACCUGGUUAAGGAAAGGCUGAUUACAGAAAUGUACACGGUGGCAUGGUUUGUUCGAGACAUGCGCCUGAUCUUUCGCAACCGUAAAACAUUCUACAAGGCUUCUGACUUUGGCCAGGUAGGACUUGACUUGGAGGCAGAAUUUGAAAAAGAUCUCAAAGAUGUGUUCGGUUUUCACGAAGCAAAUGACAGCAGUUUCCGGACUCUUCCUUGACCCUGUUCUGGAAAGGCUGAAGCACCCCAACCUCAGGAUCCAGCUGAUUCGGCCCUGGCCUGGACUGUCAAUCACCAGUGAGUCUGGGAUGGAAUUGGAUGCCCUCACUACCCAAACCCAGACCCUUCAUAGGAUUAUCACACCCUCCACCACCUUUAUUCUUUCUCUUUGCCUUUGAAAGGCUAUAUCGACACU